AGCCGGCAGAUGUCCACCAUGCGCUCGGCCCAGACCUUCUCCUCAGCCCUCGCCGAGAUGCAGAAGUUUUAUGGCAUCACCGUCACUGGCGUCCUGGACGAGGAGACCAAGGCGUGGAUGAAACGUCCCCGCUGCGGGGUCCCGGACCAGUUUGGGGCGCAGAUGAAGUCCAACAUGCGGCGGAAGCGGUAUGCGCUGACGGGGCGGCGCUGGAGCCAGAGCCAUCUCACCUUCAGCAUCCAGAACUACACGGAGAAGCUGGGUCGGUACCACUCGUACGAGGCUGUCCGCCGAGCUUUCCAGGUGUGGGAGCAAGCCACGCCACUGGUUUUCUGGGAGGUGCCCUACGAGGACAUCCGGCAGAAGCGGAAGAAAGAGGCUGACAUCAUGGUGCUCUUCGCCUCCGGCUUCCAUGGAGACAGCUCCCCCUUCGAUGGUGUCGGGGGGUUUUUGGCUCACGCCUAUUUUCCCGGCCCUGGCAUGGGAGGGGACACUCAUUUCGACUCAGAUGAGCCCUGGACACUGGAGAACACAGAUGUGUCUGGGAACAACCUUUUCUUGGUGGCCGUGCAUGAGCUGGGGCACUCGCUGGGCUUGGAGCACUCCAGCAACCCCAGCGCUAUCAUGGCCCCCUUCUACCAGUGGAUGGACACAGAGAACUUCCACUUGCCCGAGGAUGACCUCAAGGGCAUCCAGCAGCUGUACGGUACCGCUGACGGGCACCCUCAGCCCACCAAGCCUUUGCCCACCGUGACACCCCACAGACCUGGCAGGCCAGACCAGAGACCCCCUAAACUGCCCCCUCCAGGGAAGCCGGAGCGACCCGCCAAGCCUGGCAGCCCAGACCGACCUGACCAGUACAGCCCUGACAUCUGCGACGGGAACUUUGACACAGUGGCGGUGCUGCGUGGGGAGAUGUUUGUAUUCAAGGGCCGGUGGUUCUGGAGGGUCCGACACAACCGGGUGCUGGACAACUACCCCAUGCCCAUUGGGCACUUCUGGCGGGGCCUCCCCGGGGACAUUGACGCCGCCUAUGAGAGGCAUGAUGGGAGGUUCGUCUUCUUUAAAGGUGACCGGUACUGGCUUUUCCGAGAAGCCAACCUGGAGCCUGGGUACCCGCAGCCUCUGGUCACCUAUGGGCAGGGCCUCCCCUACGACAGCAUCGACACGGCCGUCUGGUGGGAGCCCACAGGGCACACCUUCUUCUUCCGUGGGGACAGAUACUGGCGCUUUAACGAGGACACUCGCUUGGUGGACCCCGGGUACCCAAAGCCCAUCUCUGUCUGGGCGGGCAUCCCUGCCUCACCCAAGGGUGCCUUCCUCAGCCCAGAUGCCUCCUCCACCUACUUCUACAGAGGCACAAAGUACUGGAAAUUCAACAACGAGCGGCUCAAGACAGAGCCGGGUUAUCCCAAAUCCGUCCUACGGGACUUCAUGGGCUGUCACACGGAGCUGGUCCCAGACCACCAUCCCCGCUGGCCUGAUGGGGACCAACCCCCUUUCAACCCUGAUGGGGAUGGUCAGGCUGAAGGCGAGGAGGAGGAAGAGGAGGAGGAGGAAGAUGAGGAGGAUUACAGCAAGGGCGGUCACCAGCCGGGCGGAGACGUGGACGUUGUGGUGCAGAUCGAUGAGUACACGCGCACCAUGAGCGUCAUCAUGGUGCUGGUGCUGCUGGUGCUGCUGCUCUGCAUCCUCGGCCUCAUCUAUGUCAUUGUCCAGAUGCAGAGGAAGGGCACGCCCCGAAUGCUCUUAUACUGCAAGCGUUCCUUGCAGGAGUGGGUCUGA